GCUUUUUUUUUUUUUUCUUUCUUUUUCUUUCCCCCCUUCUUUUUCUUUCUUUCUUUUUUUUCCCCCUGUUUCUUCUUCCUUUCUCCUUCUUUCUUCUUCUUCUUUUUUUUUCUUCUUUUUCUUUAAGGUGGGGAAAGAGACAAACAGGAGACAGGAAGCUGAUCUGCAAGGAUUCGGAGUUGUGCUAAAAGGACUUUGAUUUUUCUCUCUCUCUCUCUCUCUCUCUCUCUCUUUACAAACGCUGGCAAUUGACAUCACUCCAGACAGCCCGGUAGAGAACAAACUGCCUCAUCCCAAGUGGACCCUAGCAGCUGGGGGAAGAAAAGCACGAUCUGGGAGGCUGUGUGUGUGUUUUUUUGUUUUUUUUUUUUUCCUACCGAUACCCCUCCUUUUUUCUUUUUUCUUUCUUUUUUUUUUUUUUUUUUUUUUUGGUGUGUUUCUUUUUUAAAUUCUUGCCGUGUUGGAACUAGUGAGUGGUGGAAGACGAGGGAUCUCUGAAGCCUCAUCAGUCAUCGGGACUGUCAGGAAUAGUGGUUUAAGAGGAAGCUCGGCCUGGGGCACUAUACCCUGUCAUCCAGUUCCCUGCCUCGGAGAUAAAGAUUCCAGCUACAUGGGCAAACGCCUGGAUCAGCCACAAAUGUACCCCCAGUACACUUACUACUAUCCUCACUAUCUCCAAACCAAGCAGUCCUAUGCACCAGCUCCCCACCCCAUGGCUCCUCCCAGCCCCAGCACAAACAGCACCAGCAACAGCAGCGGGGAACAGUUGAGUAAAACCAACCUGUACAUCCGAGGCCUUCCACCAGGCACCACUGACCAGGACCUAAUCAAGCUGUGCCAACCGUAUGGAAAAAUUGUAUCCACAAAGGCAAUUCUGGACAAAAACACAAAUCAGUGCAAAGGUUACGGUUUUGUAGAUUUUGACAGCCCUGCAGCUGCACAGAAGGCGGUAGCAUCUCUCAAGGCAAAUGGCGUGCAGGCACAGAUGGCCAAGCAACAAGAGCAAGACCCAACAAACCUAUACAUCUCAAAUCUCCCCAUUUCUAUGGAUGAGCAGGAACUUGAAAAUAUGCUGAAACCCUUCGGACACGUCAUUUCCACAAGAAUACUAAGAGAUGCUAAUGGAGUCAGCAGAGGCGUUGGCUUUGCCAGAAUGGAGUCUACUGAAAAAUGUGAAGUGGUAAUUCAACAUUUUAAUGGAAAAUAUCUGAAAACACCACCAGGCAUCCCAGCCCCUAGUGAGCCUUUACUGUGCAAAUUCGCUGAUGGAGGACAAAAGAAGCGACAGAAUCAAAGCAAAUACACCCAGAAUGGAAGGCCUUGGCCCAGGGAAGGAGAGGCUGGCAUGGCUCUGACCUAUGACCCCACAGCCGCCAUACAGAAUGGAUUUUAUUCUUCACCGUACAGUAUUGCAACCAACCGCAUGAUUCCACAGACAUCUAUCACGCCAUUCAUUGCUGCUUCCCCUGUCUCCACAUACCAGGUCCAGAGUACUUCAUGGAUGCCUCAUCCGCCAUACGUUAUGCAACCAACAGGUGCUGUGAUUACGCCAACAAUGGACCAUCCUAUGUCAAUGCAGCCAGCAAACAUGAUGGGUCCCCUGACACAACAGAUGAAUCAUCUUUCAUUGGGCACAACAGGAACGAUUCAGUCCCAAGACAGGAUUAUGAUACUCCACCAGCUGUUGUGUCAGUAUAUGACUGCUGCCGCGCCUAUGCAAGGGACCUACCUUCCCCAGUACACGCCUGUGCCUCCGACAGCUGUUUCUAUUGAAGGUGUUGUUGCUGAUACCUCUCCCCAGACAGUGGCACCUUCAUCCCAGGACACCAGUGGUCAGCAGCAACAGAUAGCAGUGGACACAUCCAACGAACAUGCACCUGCAUAUUCUUACCAACAGUCUAAACCAUAAACAAGACUGAAGAAUGUCCGUCUGAAACUUUGCCUUGAACGAAGAAACUUCAUUGAACAGGAAGUUGGCUUCCAGUUUGCACAGGCGUCGAUGGAAUGCUUUUUUUUUUUUAAUUUUCUACUAUACCCAGUGAAAACAAAGUGUUUUUAUGUGCUGUGCAAAUGGUUCCUUCAUGUGGUCUGACAGUUUACUUUCGCCAUCGUUUUUUUUUAAAGAAAAAAUCCCAGAAGAGGAAACAAACAAACAAAAACCAACAACAAAACAAAACACAGAAAGUUGACAUUAUAUUUGGAAGAACAUUUGACUUCAGAAUUUACCAGAAGAUGUAGACAGAUUUUUUUUUUUUUUAACAGAAAAUCAGAUGUCAAGAGGUGGGCAAAGCAGAAAUGGAAACAAAUUGUCUUCCUCAGUAAUUAAGCUACUCUUUCUUUUCCCCCUUUUGUUUAAAUCUAGUGGGUUGUUUUUUAUUUUAUUUUUUUCUUAGAAAUACUUAGGUAAGGUUUAUCUUGAAUCUUAAUUGCCUUAAUUUUAAGGACGUCAAAGGCUCUCGAGGCAAGCUGUCAACGUCUUGUUAAAAAAAAUUCAAGAAAGAAUUGAAAUAUUGUGCCGGCUUUAACUGGUACAGAAGUUUAAGACUAUGAGUUUUUAGGGUGAAAAAAAAAACUGUACAGUUUAAAAGAAAAUGUUUUUUCUUCAUUUGAAGAAAAUUUGUUGAUAAAAGAAACCAUGGCAACUGCAAGAAUUGGGAAAAUGCUGGGACUUUUCAUGAACUUUGUCUUAAGUGUUGAAUCAUUCUAGAAGGCUAAAACAUUUUACGGUAAAGUUAUUAAUGUUGGUUUAAAAACAACUGCAUUAGAAAUAAUGCGUGUUUGGGGGCAGAAUGCAGAUUUUUUUAUUUACGAAGCGUGAUCGCUAGCAAAAGCAUUAGUGCUUUUUAUCUGCAGUCUUUUUUAUGAGCUUUACAAAGUUUUUAGUCAGCUUUGCUUGUCACAUUGCAAAACCUAGCUUAAGAGCAUUAAAAAAAAAACUUAAGUAGAUAGGAGCUUAUGGUCAAAAAGUGCAAAAAAAAAAAAAGCAAUAGAUAGAGAAAUUGUUGACAAUUUCUGUAGUCUUUCCUAGUUGUGAUCAAAUUCAGCCUAUGGAUGGCCUAUUUUAUACCAAAGAUGAAGUGGCACCCUAUUGCAGUCCAGAAGAUAGAGGUUGUUUUCCUUUUCUUCUCCUUUCUUUUUAAGAAUUUUAUUUGACCUACAUGGCCGGACCAGUUCUUACUUUGUUGUUUGUUUAAACUACCUUCCACUGGUGUUUUAUAUACUGCAAAACAGAGCAAAACAAAAGGUGUUUUUUGUUUUUGUUUUUGUUUCUGUUUCUGUUUUUGUUUUCUUGCUAAUGUGCAUUUGUUGAUAGCUCGCACCUGCUGUGUUCAGCAGUUUCAGCAUGAAGAGUUCUGGAUACCAACUGACAGAGCCAAACGGCUUUCUAUUCAUUCCGUGAGCUUUUCUGGUUCCUUACUAGCUCUCUUGAAUAGUGACACCUGUAUUGAUGGCCACCAAUAAGUUGAGACACUUGCUUAACAGGUUGAAAUUCCUUUCUGUGAACUUUGAACUAAAGGUCCUUCCCGAACUGGUCUGAAAGGUCACUUGUCAAAAAAAGGCUUAGAUAUUCUGUUAAGUGAUGAGUGGUCUCCUGAAAAGGUCUCAUUGUAUUUGUAACAAUAGUCUUCCUUCUCAAGUCCAACGCCUCUAGGUUUUGUCUUCUCACCUCAGUGUUUGUUCAUCUGCCAUGAACAGCCACCUUUUGCCUCCUGUCAUUGUAUUCUCAUACCCUGGUGUUGUCGGAAGAAGGACAAAAAUAGACCUUUUUGUUUCAGUUUAACUCUGAGACAAGUAGGACCAAUCAGAUUGAAGAUUCUGUUAGUGGAAGUUAGGUAAGCUUUUAAAAUGCUAGUUGACAAUCAAGAAAUUAUAUGAUUUAUAUCGAUAAGAACCAAAAGAAUUAGGUUUGCUCAAUCUUUAAAGCCAAAGGAGAUAUAUUCGCAUUGAGAAUGAUGCAAAACUUUGUCUAAAAUGAAUUAGAUUGACUUAACAAACAUCUCUGCAUAUUUGACUCAUGGAAUCCAUGUUCAACCUGUAUAGUUUUACCUGAAAUUAAGACCGAUGGAACUUGGUUGAAUUAUGCACAGAGUUGCUUUCUGAAGGGAUCAUUGGAAUUAGAUAGGUGAAAGUCUUUUCACAAACUAAGUCGGGGGAACCUGUCUUAGUCCAGAAGGAAGAGGGAAAUGCAUUAAGUGCACUGUAAAAAAAAAAAAAAAAAAGGUAGGCUUUUAAAAACUAAAAAAAACUUAAAAGGCAAAUCAUAAUCCCAUUAGGUCAAUAUCAGUAAUGAGUUUGGCUGUUCUGAAAUUGUCAAUAUUCAACGAUUUGUGACCUGUUAACAGAAAUGAGCCCGGUUCUCUUAUUUGAAACCCCAUGAAUUGGAAACUCAAGUCUAGAAAGUGGCUCCCUAUCUUUGCAGCCAAAUCAGAGGCACAAAUGGAUCCAAGAAAAUGUAGCAUGUGCUGCUACAGAGAAAUUCCAUCUGUUGACACCCAUCCUUAAUGGUUUUCCAUGCUCUAGAGAGAAUCCUAGAUGUGUACUUUCUUCUGUUCCGUCCUUCAAGCUUCUCAUGUAUUUCACGGGUGGCACUUAAGUUUUAUCUUUGAGAAGCAGGCCCCUGAGUUUCAGGGGGUUUAAGGAACGUGUAUAGGAACUGUGCUUUUCGUUUCUCUUUUUCAGUCUCUGAACUCUUUGUAUAAAUAAGGAUUAUCCUGGGCAUAAUUCAUUUGACUAUGAAACCAACAUGCUUUCUUUUGUUUCUGUAAAAAAAAAAACACACACAAAACAAACCUUAAUGUGAUACAAAGAAAGUCUCAUUUACGCAAUCAACAAUGAGGCUAAGAGGUAGCUACCAUGUGGCUGAUGAAUGUGCCUAGGUAACUUCCUGUUUCUAUUCAAAACUACUGCUUUAUUUAUACAUUCAGAAACAUUUUUUUCAACUAUGAAAUUUCAAUGAUCUCAAUUUUUUUAAGCCACUUCAGGCACAAGGAAAUUACCUGUCAUUUUAUGUGUCCACGUGUGUUUUGUGUUUGGAUUUUUUAUAUCAUGCCAUUCUAGAAAAUAUCUUAUUUCAAACCAAAAAGAAAAAAAAAAGAAGGAAAAAUGACACAUGUUCAAAUUUGCAUCUGUCAUCUUACCUAAUGAUUGUUUUUAAGAGUCAAGUCUGGGGGAAUAAACAAAAAGCAUCAACAGGUAAGCAGCAUUACAUUGUAUGAAGAAUAAAACAAACCAAAAUGUGUGUUCAAUAUAUGCAGACAUCAGAAUCCUGAUUUAAUCAGCAACUAAUAUUAUGGUGAUUCUAAUCCUAUUUAGGGCUCUUUUUUUUUUUUUAAGUAUUCUGGCUCAGAUUUCCAAAUAUUUAUUCAGAUAUUUCCAUUUUUUCCUUUUGACUUUAACUGCCAAGGCUUCUAAACAUCAGGAAACAAACCAAAGCCACAAUCCAAAUGGGAUAAAUGUUAUCUUCUCCAAACUCUAGUUACAUGGUCAGUGGAGGAGUGGGUUUUCUUUUAAUAAUGAUAAGGUUUUGUCAGGGAAGACAAAUUAUGCAUAGUGACUCAAUGCAUGGUCAUGUGUUCUGAAGAUGUCUUGGACCCUAGGUAAGCUAAAGGUAAUGCUAGCAGGUGCUGGUGACUGUCCUUGAAGACUGGCACGCCUUGAUUGUUGCAAGUGACAUAAAAUUCUUAAAAACAAAACAACAACAAAACAACAAAAAAUCCUCUCCCUGACUUCAGUUUGGCUGUUUCCUUGAUAAAUUUCAAUCAUUCAGAUGUUGUCUCCAUGCUUCACUUGAAUCAAUUUCUUCCUGUGACUUUAACAGAUCUGCCACAGUUGAUAGCAUAUAAGACUCACUUCCACACAUUCCAGUGAAAAACUACAUGGUAUUAAAAGCACUCGUGUUAGAGAUGGAAGGCUGAGAGCAGAAAAAGCCUGGGUGGAGCAGGAAGGUCAUUGUCCCUGCAGAAUACAUCGACCCCUUGCAAAACGGUGUGAAAAUCAUUUCAAUUCAUGUGUGACAAAAAAAGAAUAGCUUUUUUUUCCUAAAAAAAAAUUAUUUGAAUAUUUGCGAUGUCUAAUAUAUACCUAUGUAUCUUUUAUGGUGGCCUGAAAUCCCCAUUAAUGAAGAGUGAGAUUUGAUUUGAGUAGCACUUUUGCAGUCUUCAUGAUUCCGAAGUUUCAGUGGACUGUCUAGACAGAUUAUAAUGUUAAUAGGAAACUAAAAAUACAUUUGACAACUCAAGUCUCAUUCUUACUUUGCGUGCACGAACCACUGCAGAUGAGCUGAUAAGCAGGGAGAAAUUCUUAAGUGGGUUACAGUGAUUAAUGUUUUUAGAUGAUAUAAAAUCUAAUGAAGGGGAAUAUUUAUGUAUGUGUAUAAACAACGUUGAGCACAUUUGAGGAAUCAUACUUCAUAACAAAGUUUAAACAUGUCAUAGAGACUUGAUUCACAUUAUCUUGUCCACGGUAGGGAGUGAAGGAUGAGAUUUUGGUUUUUUGUGUUACUGUGCCUGGCAUCCUUCAAAAUUUUGAGCUCACUGAGACUGACAGCAUCUCACUCCAAUCUGAGGGACUGACAGAAUUUAAACAGGCUCAUUGAUUCUGUAUACUACCCCCUUCCUGUGACAGAGUGAUAAUGGGAUUUCAUUAAUGAAUCAAUUUGUUACAAAUGACAUCCACCGUGGCAUCGGAAGACAGUUGAGUCUAACUCAAAUUUAACAUUUCUUACCCAAUAUUCUUAAAUAUGAAAUUGGUCCCUUAAUCUGAGUGUUCUUGGUCAUGCCUGUCCUUUGUGGACUGCACAGAGUUCAGGAAAAUACAAAGCUAAAUAUAAGAUCCCUGAGUGGCCCCAAAGAUCUUUUCUCAUCCGGUGCAGGGAAGCUCACCCCAUAUUGGUGGUUUCUUUUCUCUUUCAUUUUAUACCCUAAUACAUAUGCUCCCUGUCACAUGAAAAAAGGACAGAUCGCUUCUCAAUACUCAUUUCUUUGUAUUUCUGAAAGGGAAAAUAAUAUUUUAAGAAACGCUUCUUCCACUCAGGAAGCUUUAAAGCUGGAGCAGAGGUGAGAUCAAGCUUGGAGUCUGAGGGAAGAACCUCUGGGCCACGGAGUCACACUUUUCUUCCAUUUUAUUCAGUGCAGUUAGUAACUUCCCCAAUGACUGAGUCUUGCAGAAAUACAAUCACUCUCAAGUUUUGAAGGGCUAUUUACUUGGUAGAUUUGUUUUGUCUUCUUUUUUCAACUCUUAGGUCUUGGGCUCUAUUUCCUUUUAUUAGCAUUUAACCCUGAGGGUGAAAAAGAAACAUUUGGAAAUCAAAUUCAAAUCAGUCUGUUUCUUUGUUAAGUCUCGAUUUACCGAAGGAGUUUAAAAUCAUUAGUAAAACAGUCAGUGCAUUAUAUACCAUGGACUUUUACUAUCCAUAACGUCCCUUUCCCAUUCACUGCAAAUAAUUGAGAGUUGGCUGUAUUCUUGCAAAUACAAACCGAAAAAAAAUUGCAGCAAAGUAUUUGGCUUCCCUCAAAAGAAAGCUCUUUUGGUUUCGUUCACUAUUGAAAUUUUAACCAGAAGAAAAGGUCAACUCAAAAUUGAGUUAUGAGAAUAUAAUAACAUCUCUUGGUUAAAUAUAUACUCUUAUCCCUAUCUUAAAUCUUUGGCAAAAAAAAAAAAAUGCAUUGUUUUGUUAUUUAUUUAUUUUUUUAAAUUUUGCAUCACAGUAAUAAGGGUGAAUGACCUUGACACUCCAGUGGAUUUUUUCUGAUCAUUUCAAAUUUAAGUAGUGUCCAAAGUGUAACUUUAGUGUUAUGCUUUGUGUUUUAAACCCUCUGGUCUUAGAUUCUUAUGAAAGAUGCUCUGUCCUCUUCCCCAAAGUAUGUUAUUUCCUCAUAUAUGAAAAAAUGAGUUAUUUCAUACUUUUCAGGCACUAUAAAAACUAUUUCAAAGAGACACUUGAAAAAGUUUUCUCCAUUCUGGAAAUUAAUGCUUCUAUUUAUUUAAAAAGAAGAGGAAUAUAAUUGGAAUCUUAAUUUUCAAAAAAUAAAUGUAAAAGUGUACUUGCUAUGAAAUUCUAGUUUCUUUAAAUUAAAAAAAAGUGGGACACAGCUUCUUUUAAAACCCUUGUUUUAGGCCAUAUUUGACUUCAUGGAACUUUGAAACAUCAUUCAAAUUUGAACUUUAUUUAAGAGCAUUUUGUACUGCUGUCUCUGUCAUGGAAAGUUCUGUAACUCUAUAGUGUUUCUGGUUUUAUUUUUAAUUUUUCAUCUGUACCACAGUCAAAUUAGCUACCAUUUCCCCCGUUCCUUGGGCUUUCUGUAGAUCAGUGGAUGUUAGGUUUAAACUUCUGUUUUCUUUGAUGAAGCUUUCAAUAAAAAAUGAAAAUAAAAUCAGUCAAGUAG